AUGCAUUCCCGUCAGAAGUGGUCAGCUAACGUCCCGGGUUAUGGCUGGUAUCCAAUAUCGGCAGAGCUGAACCUGCUAAUCGACCGCGAGAGGCGACUCCGCAAUCCCAUUUCAGCUUUAGUUCAUAGUCAUUACAGGAGCCUACUCAGUCAUGUGCCUAGUCUUAAUGCGAGGCUAGAGUGGAGUUCCUUAUUUCAGAUCACUAUUACUGAUGAAGUGGUCCGUAUCAACCUUCCUAAAGAGAUUAUUCUAGAUGUAGAAGUCAUUGCUCACAGCAGGGCAUUACCGUCGCAUACAACGACCAACGUGCGCGCAUUUUCUUCUCAACUGCUCUUCCCACAGAUAAACUACUCUUGGUUUACUAUCGAACAUGUUGUUCCUUCUUUUGGAAAAAUCAAAGGUCUUGAAUUUCCUGGAGGCAUUCGGCAAUUCUGCUCCAUUCCUUAUUCUGACAUCUCGAAACACUGGACACGCUCAAUCUGCCCUCAAUCCCCAGAAUAUCCAGAUCUCAUCGGUGGCCUGGUCCUAGUGAAGCCUUUCCCACAUUUUCAAAUGCCAGAGUUGGAUAAAUUAAAUUGUCUAAAUCUAAAUAUUGUAAUGCCACCGGAGUACUGGUCAGGACCUCAUCAUGUCAUGGUCUGGAUCCAUGGCGGUGCAUCAACCCAUCCAGCCUAUGACAUGACUAAGUUCGUUUCACACGCCGUUAAUUCUGGAACUCAGGUCGUAGGAGCGAUAGAGGAUGAUCUUGCUCCAGAUGGAUAUCGGGGUGCUGGGAAUUUUGGUCUUACUGAUCAGCAGACAGCCCUUGAGUGGGUUCAGCAGUACAUUUCGGACUUCAACAGUGAUCCUACUAAAGUCACUAUCUUUGGAGAAUCGGCUGGGGAUAUGGGCUGCACAGCCAACUGUCUUUCACCGUGCUGUCAGCCUGUCCGGAAACCUGAACACUAUUCCAACGUGGUCUUUGAGCGACACGAGGGCCGAUGGAAAGCACUACUUCAACACUUGAGUAUUGAUCUGUCAGCAGCUAAUGCCCUCGAUCAGCUCAGGUCAGUAGCCCAAAAAGCACUGGCCAAUGCUACAUGCUUGAUUGAGGGUACCAUGGGAACUACUGGAAACCCGUGCGAUGACGGAUGGUUUCAUAUCAACGAGACAUAUGAGACGUUGAAAGCUGCUCUGCUAGAGUUCAUUCAAGAGCCGGAGCUGGAUGCUGUCCUUGAUAUGUACGGCAUUAGACCUGAUAUUUCCGCAGAGAAUUUACGAGCCAAAUUUGAAGACUUGGCGACAGAUGCUUGUUUUACAUUACAAAAUCGCAUUCAUGCCUCAGUCUCAAAGAUUCCGAAAACAUAUGCAUUCCAUAUAGAUCAACUAGCGAGGUUUGAAUUUCCCUUCGACGGUCUUGCGUACCACGCAAUUGAUGUCGCAUAUUUUUCUAUGAAUCUCACUGAAAGGCUCACCCUUCCACAACAGAAGCUUGCAGAAAAGAUAGCAGGAGAUUUGUUCAACUUUGCAUGGGAUAGAGAACCUUGGAAACCGUAUGGUCAAGACAAGCACUGGAUGGUUUACGGCCCCGAUAGCAAGUGGGCUGUCAAGAUAGAGAUUGAAGUUGAAUUGAUCGGUAACUACAAGAGGAUGGAUAGAAUUCUGCACAUGGGAGGGCGCGAGAGGCCUUAUAUUGUGUACGGGUGA